AUGGGUUUGAACUUUGGUGACUUAUAUCAAACAUUACUCGGCAUUUGGACAUGCUCUUUAGCUGGCUUUAUCUUUGUGAAGGCUAAGAUGUUUGAUCCGAAUGAUAUGAAGUUUGUUCAAUACGUGGUUGAUGCUUGUUUUUUGCCAGCUUAUUAUUUUUACAUGAUAGCUAAUACCAAACUUAAUUGGACUAACUGGAAGGAACUUGUUCCUGUCGUUGUUGUUCAAUUUUUCAUACAUUUUGCUGUUUUCAUUUAUUCUAUUUUUGGAAAGAACAUAUCUUUUGCGGAAAAGUAUUUCAAAUCAAUCACUUCCUAUGGAUUUAGCCAAUGGGAUGUAUUCGCUUAUCAUAUUUUAGAUGAAAUAGGAGCAACAAAAUAUCAGUAUGUAUCAAUCAUGUAUGGAUUUCUAGAUGAGUUUAUUUUCUUCCCGAUCCUUAAAAUACUUACAUUUUACGUUAGACCAGGAAGUAUGGACCUCAAAUUGAGUAAAGAUCAAGAAGACGACCAAGAACAAGAAGUGGAUGACAUUGAAGAUCUAGAAGAUAACACUGAUGUCAAAAUCGAAGUCGAAGGCUCAACAAGUUCAAAUUCAUCCGAACAAGUCCACGAAGAGAACGACGAUCACAACGAAGAAGUUGAUGAAUCAGGUAAUCCUACAGGUGACCUCAAAAUCAAGAGUAUGGAAUCGAACGAUUCUUCUGAUGAAGAAAAGCCACUUUCUUUCGGAUGGACAGUUUUAUGGGCAUUUUGCAAUUCAAGAACAGUUCUUAUCGUUGUUGGCCUUAUAUAUUCAGCUACAGUUAAGGGAACAAUGCCUGAUUACAUCAAUGAGCUUGCCAAGUCAUUGAGAGCUCCAACAUUUCCAGCCAUUCUCUUCAUACUUGGUGUACAAGUUGCAAAUACAAAGCUAAAUGUUUGGACUCCAGGUAUAUUACUUUCAAUAUUCGAAAGAUAUAUUUUCUGUCCAUUGAUCAUGGCCGGACUUUGCAGAGGUCUCAACAUUGAUUCUUUGGUUGCUAAAGGAAUGGUUAUGAUGUCAAUCAGUCCACCAAAUAACAGAUCUCACCUUGCAAUGGGAGAUUCUGAAGCUAUGGAGAAACCCAAAGCAAUAUAUGCUUGGACAAUGCUCCUUUGGCUCCCAAUGUCAUUCAUUUGGGGUGCAAUUAUUAUUAAAACUAAUCUUGUUUAA